AUGACAGAGUCUCAGCCCGCAUUCCCCGGCGAUCAGGGCGGAGAGCUGUCUCAAGCUGUCGCCCCGCCUCCAGGACAGAUCCUGACUGGCAAACAAGAGCACUACUUGAAACGAGAACUCAUUGCCCGACAAGUUCGCGGAGAAAUCUCCGAGCUCAACUCCCCCACCGCACUGCAACGUUUCGGCGCCCCCUUUCGAUCGGAUUUCGGUGAAGUCGCGCCCGUUGACUCGGAACUUCCUAUUCUUCGUUAUAUCUUUGUGCAUCAUGUUCGCAAUUUCCCUUUUCUCGAUCAAGCGCAGGAGAAACAGUUCUGGCAGGACAAAUUACAAGUGUUCCUCGAAUCAUUCGCGAAUAAACAUGUCUCGUCAUCGGAGGAUAGAUUGGAGGAAACAAAGCGUCGGAAACUGGCAAGGAAAUGUGAGAAGCUUGUUGAGCUGAUGAUGGUCUCGGGUGUACCGACUGCGUCGGGAUAUGAAGAGCGCAUUCAGUUCUCUGAGAUGGAGGUUGUGGAGCGUGGCGCGAAUGAGAAGGGCCUUCUUGUCAAUAUGCCCGAGGGCCACGCGAUCAAUACCUGGGAUGUAAAUGUUGCUGCUGUUCGAGUUACUUCUGUAAAGCGGACUGUUCGAUACCAUCCUCAUGCGGAAUUCCUUUUGCGAGUUCGUCGGGAUGAGAAGGACGAGUUCCAUGUCGGUAGAAGAUAUGGUGAAUUCGUCAAGCUUCACCGAAGACUUCGAACUGAGUUCCCGGGCAAACAUUUACCUCCUUUGCCCCGGAAGAACAAGUCAUCAACUACAUCUAGCUGGUUCGGCUCCUCAGCUGACGAUGAUGCUUCUUCUGUUUCUUCUCUCUCAACUCAGGAUGCCAGUAUGCCUGAGGAUGGAAAUGGGUCCUCGGGACGAACAUUGGCGCCCGGUGGAACUCACAAGCGAUCGCCUUCUCAAGGAUCUUUCCGAUCUGCAAAGUCAGGUCGUGUAUCUACUAAUGUCUCCAGGGAGACUGUUCUCUAUCGCGAGGAGCAGCGUGUGUCACUUCGCGCAUUCCUUCGCACCUUGUUACAGAACAAGCGCAUUGCCGAGUCGAAAUCAGUAGAGGAGUUCCUAACAGCGGGACCGAUCAAGCUGAACGAAGAGGAAUUGCUCGAUGUCCAGAAACGGAAAGAUAUGGAUGCUGUAAGAAUCGAAGAACAGAAGCGAUUCUACGAGAUUGCUAGGCAGCGAGCUGCAGAACUGGACGUUUACAUGGAGAAGUUCCGAAGGGACAUUGUGGAGAGCAAUGGUCUUACAAAGCUGUUUGCGGAGAUCCGCGAGAAACCCUCCAUCGAAGAGUUGAGCCCUCAAUAUCAGAAGUUUGCCGAAUGGCUUCGUAUCGAAGUCGCAGCAACUGUAUAUCACAUAUUCCUUGCUGAAGAUAAUUCCCCAGAACUCUUUGCACAAGCCAAGAGAAUCCAUGGACUUGUUCCAUAUACCCUGCUGAAGAACGUGAUUCGUAUCGCCAACCCUGCUGCCGUCAUGUCAGGUGUUCUCGACCUCUUCCUAGCACAACCAUUCGGAUCCAGAUCCCUGCUGCAACGGAUGUUCUCCUUGACUUUGAAUGAAAGCAUCAAAGACUUCCAAAAGAAUAUUGCUUCCGUGACAGCUAAAGUGGAAGAUCAGGUUCUUGCUCAGAAACUAAAGAGUUUCGUCGAAGCUGAUGAAACGAUUAAGAAUGAGAUUCGCGAAGAGGCAGAGACUGAAGAUGUAGACAUCAUCGUCGCUAUUCUUCGCUCGGAAUUGAUCGCACCUGAGCUCACUCCGGAGCAGAUUGAAAAGGUUUUCAACGGGUGGGUCGCCUGGAACUAUGCCGUGGAUAAUGUGGAUCUGGAAAUGCAACAAGGUGCCCAGUGGUUCGCAAACAUGAAGCAAUUACUCAAGCUGUUCACCCGCCAACGCGACAAGGCAAUGAUGCUCGGCAUUAUCGAAGAGCCCACCACAUUGCAACUCUUCCGCGAUCUUUUUACAAUCUUCUAUGAGCCGCUCGUCCGAGUCUACAAGUCCGCCAAUGUAUACAGCAGUGUUACAGACUUUGCACAAUUUGCAGACGACGCUAUCGCCGUCAUUGAGAGUGCCCAGCGCCAAGAUGCCUCUGCUGAUCCUAAUCAGACAGUGCAGUCAUUUAUUGACCUUUGUGCUCGUCACCAAGAUAACUUCUACAAGUUCAUCCACGAGGUACAUCUUCAUGACAACGGACUCUUCCAGUCCCUUAUGACAUGGGUUGAGGGGAUUCUUGAUUUCCUGCGCAAGGGACCCCAGGGCGGUAAACUGGACAUGAAUGCCAUGUUCCAAGGCGCUGUGGGUGUCGACCAGGUUGAUAAAGAUCUUGCUCUGACCGAGAUAAAUGCAUUGAUCAAAUGGCACGAGGACCGAAAGCGUUGGCACUUGAAUAAGACUCGCCAGAAGAUGGCUGCGGAGGGCACAACGGACACGAUCCCUGGCUCUGCUACCUUCAAGGGAAGCGACUUUGGUCUUGACGAGGGCGAUUUGGAAGAUCUCACCAUCUCAGAUGAGGCAUCUGACUCAGAAGACGAAGCUACAGAGGAUGACGAAGAGGAUGAUCCUAUUGCCACAGAACGUCGCCGACGAGCCAAAAAACAAGACCAGCUUCGACGCACAGCCGGCGAACCCGAGAAGCCCGAAGUGCAAGAAAUUCUCAAACUCGGCGAUCCAUUCGUUGUCAUGCUCCGCCACACACUUGCCGACUAA